CUAUCGAAGUUCCAUAUUUGGUCAAAGCUCCGCCCGGUCCGCGUCAGAUUCUGACAGAGCUGCUCCCGUGGGUUUAGAGUUUUGGCUCCCGGGAAAGGUUCCAUUCCUAGGGGAUAGAGGGCUGAGUUUUGUAUGCUUCCAUCCAUUCUGCAAGACGCUAAAGGCCCCUCAUCAACCUCUCCUGUGUCCGGGAACACCUCCAUGGUAAUCAUUUUUUCGUUUAUUUGUCUUUUGGAGCAGGAGCGCCUUGCAAGAAGUGGUCGAUUCAGCAGUGUCCUGAAGCUUUUUGAUGCCGUUGUAGUAGGAUGACACCACAUUGAGAGCACCAACAAAACAUAAGAAACAAAACAUAUGUAUAUUUUUAUUAAUAAAAAGCCGUUUUCCCGCUACUUGCACUACAACUGAAACGACAGGAUCACGGUCCAACUAGCUGUUGAAGUACAAGUACUCUGAGUAAAUUGUUUAUGUCGUGCCAAUUCAGGACAGAUUGAAGAAGGAAGCAAGACUUGAACUGGGCUUUCCUCCUGCUGAUCACAAGAGCAAAGUCAUCUCUUAUCUUCCAAUCGCCAAGGAAAAAAAAAGAAUCUGACAUUUCCUUAAUCCUAACCCCUUUGGUAGGAGCUGGUUUUGCACAAAAAUUGUUUUAAUGUUUGGGAUUCAGGAAAAUAUACCAAGAGGUGGGACGACGAUGAAAGAGGAGCCGCUGGGAAGUGGUAUGAAUCCAGUCCGAUCGUGGAUGCACACUGCUGGGGUAGUGGAUGCUAACACAGCCGCCCAAAGCGGUGUAGGUCUGGCUCGGGCACAUUAUGAAAAACAGCCGCCUUCCAAUCUCAGAAAAUCCAAUUUUUUCCACUUCGUCCUGGCUCUCUAUGACAGACAGGGACAGCCAGUGGAGAUCGAAAGGACAGCUUUUGUGGACUUUGUGGAGAAGGAGAAAGAGCCCAACAGCGAAAAAACUAACAAUGGAAUUCAUUACAAACUUCAGUUAUUAUACAGCAAUGGGGUCAGAACAGAACAGGAUCUUUACGUACGAUUAAUCGAUUCUAUGACGAAGCAGGCAAUCGUAUAUGAAGGUCAAGAUAAAAACCCAGAAAUGUGCCGAGUCCUCCUAACACAUGAAAUUAUGUGCAGUCGGUGUUGUGACAAGAAAAGUUGUGGCAACAGAAACGAAACACCAUCAGACCCUGUUAUCAUUGACAGAUUCUUUUUGAAGUUUUUCCUUAAGUGCAAUCAGAACUGCUUGAAGAAUGCAGGAAAUCCAAGAGAUAUGCGUAGAUUCCAGGUUGUUGUAUCAACAACAGUCAAUGUGGACGGUCAUGUGCUGGCCGUCUCAGACAACAUGUUUGUACACAACAAUUCCAAACAUGGGAGAAGGGCUCGUCGCCUUGACCCUUCAGAAGGUACGGCUCCUUCUUAUCUGGAAAAUGCUACCCCAUGCAUUAAGGCAAUAAGUCCCAGUGAAGGAUGGACCACUGGAGGAGCCACUGUUAUCAUCAUCGGAGAUAACUUCUUUGAUGGCUUGCAAGUUGUAUUCGGCACAAUGCUGGUCUGGAGUGAGCUGAUAACUCCUCAUGCCAUCAGAGUCCAGACACCACCACGGCACAUUCCAGGAGUUGUGGAAGUUACCCUCUCUUACAAGUCUAAACAAUUCUGCAAAGGUGCACCAGGACGAUUCGUUUACACCGCGCUGAAUGAACCAACCAUAGACUACGGAUUCCAGAGGUUGCAGAAGGUCAUUCCUAGACAUCCAGGGGAUCCAGAAAGGUUACCUAAGGAGGUAUUGUUGAAAAGAGCUGCUGACCUCGUAGAAGCCCUUUACGGAAUGCCCCACAAUAACCAGGAGAUUAUUCUAAAGAGGGCAGCUGAUAUUGCUGAAGCUCUGUACAGUGUACCUCGCAAUCACAACCAGAUUCCAUCUCUUGCCAACACUCCAGCACACACAGGCAUGAUGGGAGUAAACUCGUUCAGCAGUCAGUUAGCAGUCAACGUAUCAGAGACAUCACAGGGUAAUGACCAAGUAGGUUACAGUCGCAACACAAGCAGCGUGUCUCCGCGUGGGUAUGUUCCAAGUAGCACUCCUCAACAGUCCAACUACAACACAGUAAGCAACAGCAUGAACGGUUAUGGAAAUGCAGGAAUGCCAAACCUGGGGGUUCCGAGUUCUCCCGGUUUUCUUAACGGCUCAUCCGCUAAUUCCCCCUACGGCAGUAAGUAUCGAGUAGUGCCGUCAAGCCCUACCAUGGCAGCCUCUUCGGUCACCCUCCCUUCAAACUGUAGCAGUACACACGGCAUUUUCUCAUUCUCACCUGCCAAUGUCAUCUCUGCAGUGAAACAAAAGAGCGCCUUUGCCCCUGUUGUCAGGCCCCAAGCAUCUCCUCCUCCUUCUUGCACCAGUGCAAAUGGAAAUGGACUUCAAGCAAUGUCCGGGUUGGUGGUCCCUCCAAUGUAAAUGUCACUUGUUCUUCAGCACCGACCUUCCAUAAGAUGGGCUUCAGGGAACAAGUUUAUACAUAUAAAAGAUACUGGUAGAAACAGUGUCAUCAAUCAUGAAUAAAAAAAAUCAGCAACUAAUUCUGUUAUUCAGAAGAAAAAAAAAAGACUUUGUUUCAAAGACUUUAUUCAAAUUAUUAAGAAUUGACAUGCAAGCAACUUCUUCAUGAACAAUUCCAUUUUAUUGACUGAAUUUUUUCUCAUAUUUUCACAUUUCUCACUCUUGAAGAUAAAGAAAAAAAAAUGCCUAUUUUGUAUAAAGUUUCUGAUUACAUCUUGGGUAUGUCUAGUUCUUGCUAUGUGUAGGGAGAAACUCUGUGGAUGCACCAUUUUGAAUACCAUGAAAAAAAACAAACACUGAUGGAAAAUGCCUCAGAACAUUUUUCUUUUCUCUUAAAUAGAUUCACAAAUGUUGUGUAUCUCUAUAAUGUGAAUACAAUUUUUUUUUUUUUGUUUUUUUUUUUUUGGUGUGGUGAGAAUUACAAGUAGGGCCAAGAAGGUAUGAGCCAUUGAACUGGAAAGAAUAUGAAAAUAUAUAAUUUAGAAAAAAAAAACAGGGAAAUGGGGAAGGGCUGGGGGAAAAUUUUAUCAUGCUUACUUCAUCUUAAAAAAAAUAACUUUGUAACUUAUUGUAGUUAGAAAUUGUAUCUUUGAUAUUGCAAAAAUUCUUCUCUUGCCUUCGACAAGCACACUGACAGAGACAAAAUACUACUGUCUGUUGGUUAAAAAAAAAAGAAAGAAAGAAUUAUACUUCCACUGCUAGAGCUUCCUGUUAAGCAAGUGUGAUCUGCAAUGUUUUUCAACUUUUUGCUAGCACUGUAUACUAUUGCAUUCUUAGGCUACUGUGAAGUCUAUGUUUCUUGUACCAGAAAGUUGUCCUUUGACUUCUAGAUCCUUCUUCCCUAAUGUGUUUUGUAUGUGGUUAUAAAAUUGUAGACUUUUGUGAUUUUGCCAAAGUUGUAGCUAAAUAUUUAUACACUCCUCUUGAAUUUUUUCAGAUUCACCUAAAUAUUUAGUACAGAGUUUUUAUUCCUUAUGAUGUUUAUAAGGAGUAAAAUAACUUUAUUCAUAGCAACACUUUAUUUCACAUAAAACACUUGCAGUCACUAAGGGAAUUUUUUGUAACAUAUCAAUUAUAAAUAUUGUAUUUAUCUUUGAAAUUUUGUAUAUUGCUUUUCAUCAUAUAAUUUUCACUUGUAUGUAUUGUUUGUCACGGCCAGAUUUUGUGAUGCUGCAAAGAGCAUUCAGCCAAGAAAUUGCUGCCUUCAUAUGUUUAUUUCUUCUAAAGUGAUCGCAAUGUCCAUAUAUUUCAUUUGUAUUUCAGAAAAUGUGUUACUUUGUCAAGACUUUCCGUCCAUUUUUUUUUUUUUUUUAUUUUAAGGAAAAGUCAAAUUCAUUGUUUAUUUUUAUAUUAAUUUUUAAGUUAUCUAAACAAAUAAUUUUUUGAAUAAAAACUGUUUGUUGUAUAGUCAAUAAAUUGUUUGUGACACAUGGCUGUAAUGAAUACUAGUAGAAAAAAAAAAUGUGCAUGUAUGCCAACCGCAGAGAGAUGAUUCAAUUUGUGGUUGUAAAUUUUUUUUGUAGAAUGUUUAAAAAAAAAAAAAAAAAAAGUAAUUUUUACCUUGCCACCCAUGACUUUACCACGUCGCCGAACUGUGUUUACAAAAAAAAAAAUACAAAAAAAAAAAAAAAAAAAAAAAGAGAAACUAACAAAAACAAACAAAAAAAAAACAAUCAGACGUCUAAAUCUGGAAUGGUAUCAUAAAUUGAUCACUGAUGUUUUAUUAAAAUUUGUCAGAAAAACUCUAAUGAUGCUUUAACAGUGGACUUUUUGAGAAUAGUUUUGCUGCCAUUUUAUUGACAGACGUACACCACCAUGGCUAAUAAUCACUCCAUUACCACAAAGAGAUCACUCAUUAGUGGAACAAAAAGCACAACUGUCCUCAGAUAAAAUCAAACCGCGAUCCCCCUCCUUUUCUCUUAUCUCUUUCUCUACAUUUAUUUUGCUGUCUUCUGCAAAUCACUUUGAAAGUCUAUGAAAGCGACAUAUUUUAUAUUGUACCAUAGACAAAGAAUGAGUAUAAAUGUUGUAUAUUGUACAUGACAUUUUUUUAUCAAUUCCCAAAUGUACUGUAACAUGUGAAAGUUGUUUUUUGAUAUUACUUUCCCGACAGUGCCAAAUUAUCUGAUUGAGGCCAUUUUUUUUUCUUUUUUUGCUCUGCAUACUUUUCAGAAAUCAAAAACAUUUUGUAAUAUUUUGCAUACGAAUAAUUGCAUCAAGGCUUUAACCAGAAGGGGUUCUCCUUUUGGAAGAAGCCCCACUUUCAGUCAGAACUUUUUUAUGUUUUAAAAGAGAAGACAACUUUUUUUCUGUACGAGGAAAUCGGAGUAUAAGUUGUAUCAUACAAGUGAUGAAUGUGCAACGGAAAGCGCCUUGUGGCAGUGCAACCAGGCUUAACUACAUAGAAAUGGCCUGGGAAGCAGCACUCAAGGUCCUGAACAAAGAUUCAUCAUUGUUGAGGUCUGGUUUAUGUUGAUCGGUAAAUUAGUCCAGGAGCUAAUUGCUUUGUUGCCUUCAAUCAGUACGUUUAACACAAAAUGCUGUUAGGGAAUAUACAUCUAAGAUUGUUUUAUUUGUACAUUUUUUCAAAUAUUUAAUUGUAUAUAAACUGUUCAUUUUACACAAUAUUUAAUUAAAGUAUUUCUUGUCUGUGAAUUACA